AUGCUAGGCAUGCAAGCCUACUACAAUGAAACAAAUAUCAUUUUUAAUAUUCUUGUACCGAAUGUCUCUGAAGAAGACUAUUUUUUAUACCACAUAAUUCCUUUACCAAUAAACAUAACUAAGUUAAUAAUAACAGAACCAUAUAUACUGUUUAAUGAAAAUUCCACACACCAUCACAAAACACUUUGCCCAUCGAUCGAAGGAACAUAUUAUUGCGGUAUACCGAUCCGACAGGAAGAAACCAAAUACUCGUUAUGUAUUGGAAACUUAAUAAACAAUAAAGAAGCAAAUUGCCCAAUUAGUGACGUUGGAAAAAGGGAAUCGAUCACACAAGUGGAACAAAACCUAAUACUUUUUAUACACUCACCAGAGACACUAAUAAAUUCUACUUGCAGUAUCAAAACUCUCACAGUAAAAGACACAGCCCUUGUGCGUUUCCAGAACUGUGACGUCUCAAUAAAUGGUAUAACAUACCACGAUGAUACCGAUGCAUAUUGGGAUCAACUCCACAUACCCCCGUUACCAAACAGCAACAUUUCCGUAAACUCCACAAUCGAAAUACUUAGUCUUCAAAAACUCGAGGAUUUCAACUUUCUAACCAACAACAGAAUUAGCAACCUGGAAAUAACCACUACAACAGUUCACUCAGUCACAACAACAACAACAUUACCUAUCACUCCGACCACAACAUCUUCAUUGUGGCCGUCGCUCUAUCUUAAGGGGGGAGGAGUUACGACACCCACCUUAUUGUCUCCACCAAAACCAGUUACGACACCCACCUUAUUGUCUCCACCAAAACCAGUUACGACACCCACCUUAUUAUCUCCACCAAAACCACCGAGAACGUUAACCUAUUGAUUUAGGUCAUAAUUAACGCUGAAUAACCAAUAAAUAUAUUUGUCUCAUAUAACCAAUAUCAUUGUUAACACCAACUAAUUAAUAAGAAAUUGUUUUGUAACUUUUAUUGUAUAAUUCCAAGAAAUCUAGCUUUUACUUUAAUCAUCAUUUAUUAUAUUGUAACUUAGUUUUCUUUAAGAUUUAAAAUGAAAAUAAAAAUUAUUCUUUGUUCAGACUUCAAAUUGCAAA